AUGUCUUCCAAGAAGUCCAGCAGAUCCUCCUUCAGUCGCCCCGCCAGGCAGUCGUCUCAUAGAUCAACACUGUCCUUAUCGCGGACCGAAGUCAUCAUCAAUGUCUACGACCUGCUCCCGCCCGGCCGCCUCUCCUCUCUCCUCUGGAACAUAGGCUCCUCGCUGCUGCAUACCGGCGUCGUCAUAAAUGGCCGAGAGUACGCUUACGGCGGCCACGACCGGCCCCACACCACCGGCGUAUACUGGACCGCUCCUCGCUCCUGUCCGCCAGGCGGCACCUUCCGCACCGAGAUCCUGCACGGCUUCACCUUUGCGACCCAGGCCGAGAUCGACACCAUCAUCAAGAGCACGAGCGAGGACUUCCCCGGCACCAGCUACAACCUGCUGACCAAGAACUGCAACCACUUCACCCAGACCCUGUGCGAGCGCCUGACGGGCCGCCGCGGCCCCAGCUGGCUCAACCGCGCCGCCCAGAUCGGCGUCGCCCUGCCGUGUGUCGUGCCUCGCGACUGGCUGGAGCCUCCGGACUAUGCGACCGCCGACGGCGAGCUGGUCGAGGACGAGAACGAGUUCGACGCCGACGAGGGCACCGGCUUCCUGCGGCGGGAGAACAGCUAUCAGCGACCUCUGGCAGAGGACGACGGCGGCCGUUCGCGGUUUGGGAGCGGGGCGACGCCGAAAGGCAAAGGCAAAGCUACGGCAACCCGAGAUUCCAGCGGGCGCGUGUUGCCUCCUGCAGAGAGGGCGCCCGCGUCCUAG